CCGUGACGUACACAGAUGGCUGCGCUCUAUUCUGCCAUAGUGUAGCCACGAGUGAGAACCUACUCAAGCUUUACACGUCGUCAAGAUGGAGGCAACAGAUGGUGAUGUCUUGCAACAGGUCGUUGAAAAUGUGACAGAAGCUGCAAAAAAUGCCACAACAAAGACUCCUGCGACCCCAGAAGGAAUGGCGGUUGCCUAUGGGAGUCUUGUACUUAUGGCUUUAUUACCCAUUUUCUAUGGGUCCUUUCGAUCUGUCACGUAUCAUAAAGCUCAGAAGGAGUCUGGUGAAGUUCCUGAUACCAUGUCUCAUAGAGAUGCUGCUAUGUUUCCACUCUUUGCAAGUGCAGCCCUUUUUGGGCUUUAUAUAUUUUUCCAGGUCUUUUCAAAAGAGUACAUCAACAUGCUCUUGACGUCCUAUUUCUUUGUUCUUGGAAUUCUUGCAAUGACACACAUGCUGAGUCCUAUCGUCGAAAACCUUCUGCCCAGCCGGAUUCCAAGAGCAAACUUCAGACUCCUUCUUACAAAGAAUCCUAGUUCAGAUGCCAAGGAUGAUCUCUGGGAAUAUACGUUUAAUACUGUUACCAUAGUCUGCUUAGGAAUCUCAUCUGUCAUUGGUGUCUGGUACUUGUUGCAGAAGCACUGGGUGGCGAAUAAUGUGUUUGGGCUGGCAUUUGCUGUCAAUGGAGUUGAGCUCUUGCAUCUCAAUAGUAUUAUCACAGGAUGCAUUCUCCUGGGUGGUCUCUUCAUUUAUGAUGUGUUUUGGGUGUUUGGAACCAAUGUCAUGGUUACCGUUGCAAAGUCUUUUGAAGCUCCAAUCAAAUUGGUAUUUCCUCAAGAUAUUUUGGAGAGGGGCCUGGGUGCCACCAAUUUUGCAAUGCUUGGUCUAGGAGAUAUUGUCAUCCCUGGAAUAUUCAUCGCUCUGCUGUUGCGCUUUGAUACAAGUUUGAAGAGAGGCUCAAACACAUACUUCAAUUUCACUUUUUUGGCUUAUUUUCUUGGCCUUCUCGCCACCAUCUUUGUGAUGCAUGUAUUCAAGCAUGCACAGCCAGCAUUGCUGUAUCUGGUCCCUGCUUGUGUUGGCACACCCCUGUUGCUUGGACUCAUCAAGGGGGAUUUGAACCUUCUCUUCCAGUAUGAAGAUCAUCCAGAGAAACAAGAAGAGGACAAUAAGGAAGAUUAGGAAGCACAAUCAAAGACUGUUACGUAUUCUGUGGUGAGAUUUGUGACCGGGUGAAUGAAAAGAAUAAGAUUGUGUUACUUUGCUGUUGAAGAGAGUGUCUGUUCUAUUUCAUAAAGCCUUUGUUCCUGGUAGAGUUUAUAUGUUGAUAUUGCCUGUUUUGGAAACUUUUUUUCAGAGGAUGGCAAUUUUAAAUAUUUUUUUCUGUGUUGUGAGCAUAAAUUAUUGCCCCUAAGGUGUCCAUCUUAUCACCAAAGCUGCUGUGAUGGCUCACCACAUUCCAUUCUGGGCUGUUGAUCUGAGGUGCAUUUCUGUAGUCUGAGUGAUCAUCUCAUUUUUCUUGGAACUGGACAUUGCAGUGAAUAAAGGAGAACUUUAUGUCACUGUUGAGAAA